AUGAUCUCUCCGACUCGAGGCCUCGUCAUGAGAGCCUGUCGUAUCCAGCGCCGUUUCGCGAGCUCUACUCCUCGAACUCCCCGCCCUAAUAUAAAAACCCCAACGUCUCGCCCUCCACCCAAGAUCUCAAAAACCUACAAACCAAAGCCUCAGCCUCCUCCAUUCACCUCAGAUUCGUCGACUUCGGCAACCCCUGCACAAGCCGAAACCCUCCGCGAUCUCUGGGCAUCGACAUGGCUCCCUCUGACAGGCGCAGCCCUUCUCGCCGGUGCCCUCGGCUUCUACAUCUUCGGAACAGCUGCCGCAUCAUUCAAAGCGACGCCCUGCAGCUGCACCGGCGAACAUUCCACGCCGACCGGCCGACCGCCGGCUCUCGAUGGCGACAAUGCAGAGCAGUUCGACAAGGAGCUGGCUCUUCCUGAGUGGUGGAUGGGUAUCACAAAGCUACGGAAGCGCAUAGCGGAGCGUGCAAACGGACAUGUGCUGGAGUUAGCAAUGGGCACAGGGCGAAACUUGGAGUACUUCGACUGGGAGCCAUUGACCCUGCGUGCAGAGGGUAAGGCUGGUGGUGCCAGACUACCAAAGGGCGUGGUGUCGUUUACCGGUCUCGAUAUUUCGGUUGAUAUGAUGGAUGUUGCUCGAAAGCGACUCGUCAAGACUGUUCCGCCCAUGGAGAACUCUGCUCCCAUCGUCCGCGCAUCUACCAUGGCCGAUCACACCGGAGGUCAACUCUCGUAUCUCGAUUCCCAGCUCCGAUUAAUUCACUCCGACGCUCACCACCCGAUUCCCGGUCCCGCGACUCCCACGACGACGAAAUACGAUACAGUUAUACAGACCUUCGGUUUAUGUUCAGUGUCAGACCCCGUCGCUGUAGUCAAUAAUUUGGCCAAGGUUGUAAAGCCAGGGUCAGGCCGUAUCAUUCUGCUCGAACAUGGCAAGGGUUGGUACGGUAUUGUCAACGGACUACUCGAUAAGAAUGCCGGCAAACAUUUCGAAAAGUAUGGAUGUUGGUGGAAUCGCGACAUCGAGGGCUUAGUCGAAGAGGCCGUCGCUAAAACACCAGGCCUUGAAAUCAUCAAGGUCGAGCGGCCCAACAUAAUGCAAAUGGGCACAUUGGUUUGGGUCGAGUUGAAGGUCAACGACAAAGCCUCAUGA